AUGGCGCUCGCAGUCUCGCCACCACGCAAUACACGCACGCCAGGCCGCCCUCGCCGUACCCCCUCGAUCACCGCGGCCACAGAGCCUCCCCAGAAGAGGCGCAAGUACGUCGCAGGCGGACCUGGUGGCGGCGGCAGAUGGCUUGACAGCGAUGGCAAUCCGGUGGCGAAUGGUGGCGAAGGUGGAAGGAGGAGCGUAGCUCGCACAGCGCCGCGGGCAAGAGUCGCGAGGAUGAACUCUGCGAACAGCGCGCAGCGUGGUGGAGCUGAAGAGGGCGAGACACCCACGGCCACGAGGUCAGCGAUGCAGACACGACCGCGCAGAGAGAGGCCAGAGAGGUACGCGCCCCAGCCAACGACGCCAAGACCACGGUACAGCAGUAGUGCUGCGGCCGCUGCAGCUGCCAGUCAGGCAAGUGAUGGGUACAAGCCGCGAGAGGAGAGGAGCUGGGAAGACUUCCACCCGGAUCUGGAGAUUGAUCUCGCGCUGCCGAUAUACACGGCCGACGAGGUGGAUGGGCGCAUAAGCCGGAAGGAUCCCAAGCUGCUCCAACGGGCUAACAGCAUGCUAUCAGACAUCAAGCCUACAGUCAACGGCGAUCUGGAAAUGCGGGAUGCAGAAGACAGAUCAGAGGCCCAGGAAAUCAUUGUCACCCCUAUGAAGCGCAAGCCAGGGCGACCACCGCGCAGGCCGGAGUCCAUGCUCAGCGGCCUGGGUUCGCCGCCAGCCCCAAGAAUCAUGCCAUUACCUACACACAACCCGAAGGAACGGUUGAAUCUGCCGAAACCGUCAUACCGGCAGUAUAACCACUUCCUGCAAUACGAAGAGAACCAGCAAGAGAACAAGAAGAACUACGUGGACCGCACCAUGGCCAACGUAGGUUACCAGGAGAGCGACCGUUUCGAGCUGCCGCCAAAGGUGCUUGUCCGCUUGACUGAAGCAGGGCAAGUAGAAGACGAAGCAGAAGUCAGCUUGCGGCUAGAGAGUGACAGCCCAGCUGAAAUUUCACAGUCAGCGCCGGUCGUUGGCAAAGUGGAGUACGACAUGGACGAGCAGGACGUAGCGUGGCUGGAAGGAAUCAACGAACUCCGCAAGUCAGAAGGGGUUGAUGCGAUCAAGCCUGCGAUCUUCGAAAUCACCAUGACACAGAUCGAAAAGGAAUACCACGCACUUGAGAAGCGUAUUCCGAAACCACAGCCUCGCCACGCCCAGCUGCAUCGUCCUCGGUCAAGCUCUCAAGCAGCUGUAAACGGGGACCCAAAUCCGCCGGGAGAUGAGCCAGAUAGUAAAUGCGCCAUCUGCGACGACGGAGACUGCGAGAAUGCCAACGCCAUCAUCUUCUGUGAUGGUUGCGAUCUGGCAGUGCAUCAAGAGUGCUAUGGCGUGCCCUUCAUUCCAGAAGGACAGUGGUUCUGUCGCAAGUGCAAGGAGAUUGGCCGAGGAACUCCAACCUGCAUCUUUUGUCCCAACGUUGAUGGCGCCUUCAAGCAGACUAACACUCUACGCUGGAGCCAUUUACUCUGUGCCCUCUGGAUUCCCGAAGUUACGGUUGCGAACAUGACCUUCAUGGAACCCAUCGCCGACGUCGACAAAGUCCCGAAAGGCAGAUGGAAGCUCCACUGCUACAUCUGCAACCAGCGAAUGGGUGCUUGCAUUCAAUGCGGCAACAAAGCCUGCUACCAAGCCUUCCAUGUCACAUGCGCCCGUCGCGGCAAGCUUUUUCUUAAGAUGAAAAGCCAGCAUCAGCAGGGUCUUGACACGACGGCAUUGAAAGCUUUCUGCGACAAGCACGUUCCCCCGGAAUGGCGUCGUACCCACGACACGGACACGGCUGUCGCGGAGGCGAAGCGGUGGUACCGGCAUGCCAUGAAGGAUCGAAGGUGGGCGGACAGCCAAACUGCAGCACUCGAGUUGGGCGCACCAGCACCCCCAGAUGGCGGACUAGCGGGUGAAGACGACACUAUCGCUGUUACGAAACGACGAAAGAACCAGCCACCUAAGCAGUACUGGCGUCUUCCGUCUGGAGCACCAGUCGUGCCGUCGGUCGUCUUCGACACCGUCGAAGCGAGUCUAACGCGCUUUACUAUCCGCAAACGCAAGGAGUUUGUGGAGCGAGUGUGUAGGUACUGGACACUCAAGCGAGAGGCGAGACGUGGUGCGGCGCUGCUCAAGCGUCUUCAACUGCAGCUGGAGAGCUUCUCAAGCAUGGAGAUCACCAGGAGGAAUUUUGCUGGCAUGGGCGCCGCUGGUCGACCGAGACUCGCGAGGCGUAUCGAGUUUGGCGGGUUGUUGCAGAACGAUAUGCAGCAGGUGGAGGAGUUGUGCAAGUUGGUGAGGGUGAGGGAAGAGUUGAGGUUGCAGGAGGUGGAGCUGCUGAAGGAAUUGGUGGACACGGUCUACUUUCCUAUUCCGAAGUUGUUGGUACCGAUAUUGCAGAAAGCUCGGAAACUCGACGAAAAGACCGCGCUCUUCCGCCCUGGCCUCGAGGACCUCGCGACCAAGCUUCGCGAACGCUAUUUCACCUCGGUUGCCGACUUCUCCUCUCAACUCGCUGCUGUGCUUUCGAACCCUUUCGCAACUCCCGCCGAAGACGAUACAACCGACACUGACCUUACGACCAUCGCCACCCGCCUCUCUCAAAGCAAGCCCGGAUCAGCAGAGCAUGCCGACUUUUCAACCGAGCAGAAAGAGGCCAAGAAGCUCGCCAAGCGCAUUCUCAAAGCGGUUAAGGAGCCUUUGGAAGACGCAACGCGGCGGGAGGCAGAGCUGCGCGGUAAGGAAGUGGAGGAGGAGUUGAGGAAACUGGAAGAGAUGAGCAUGUUCGCCAGUGCGACCAGGGAUUCAAUGAACGGCGUCGGCAAGUUGGCGGAAGACACUGUCGAGGACGAGGAAGCCGUCGCAGGUGCGUCGCCCGGGGACGUAGCAAUGGCCGACGCAGAAGACGCAACUGACGCGCGCAAUGCCGAAGAAUCCGAACCACUCCGCUCCUCGCCGCGCCGCAAAAAGUCCACUCCCGCGAGCGAAACAGCCAACAGCCGCGCUUCCUCCUCCCACGCCACCAAGGAUAAGCAACCCCAGAUCCUCACGAACGGCAAAGCGCCCCUCUCACCACCCCAAUCCACCUCACCCACCGCCUCCGGACCUAGCGCCGCUGCGGGGAUAGAUCCCUCAGACGUCUUCGCCAACGGUGGCGUACCCUGGUAUCUCCACCCCUUCGACCCGGUCGGCACGACGGUGCAUGAGGAAAGGUACACGGGGCGGGAGGUGCUGAGGGGUAUGUCGGAGGAGCUGAGCGAUAUGGACGAGGAUACGUUGACGGAGUUGGGCGGGAGUGGGUUUGGGGAGAUGAUGAUGGGGACGCCGGUGCAGGGGAAGGGAGAGGCUGAGGGGGCGAAGGAGGUGGUGAGGAAGAAAGUGCCGAAGAGGAAGGGGAGGAGGAAUGCUUGGGAUAGGAGGCGGAGGUAG